AUGUCCGACUAUGGCGGCGACCACGAAGCUGAAGAAACUUAUGACUACGAGCCCGACCAGGCCUACGAUGAGAUUGAGCCCGAUGACUUUCUCAACCCCGAAGACGUCGAAGGCGAAGAAGGCGCGGAGGGUUACGAGGAUGGCUACGGCGCUGUGAAUGGAGACCGUGUGGUUGUUUCCGGCGACCCGAACGCAGGAUACUCAGGGAAAGUGGUUGAGCAGCAACGGGCGAAGAAGAUCCCCAACGACCAGCGCACGACGACCCCAUACAUGACCAAAUAUGAGAAGGCCCGUGUUCUGGGUACACGAGCGCUGCAGAUUAGUUUGAAUGCGCCAGUACUCGUGGAUCUUGAGGGAGAGACGGAUCCUUUGCAGAUCGCGAUGAAGGAGCUUGCGCAGAAGAAGAUCCCACUCAUUGUGAGGAGAUACCUUCCGGACGGAACAUAUGAAGACUGGACAUGCGAAGAGCUUCUAUAA